AUGUGUCAUGUGAGGUCUGUACUUUACUCCUCUUUUAGAUGGAACAGCACUGAAACUUUAUUCAGAAACUGGACUGUGUUUGUGAGCUGUGUUUAUCUGACCACACUGAGGAAGCAGAGAGGACUUUCUGCACCAGGGGUGCCCAAAUUUUCUGUCCUGGGGGGGCCAAAGUGCGGUGUCUGUGGUGGGCCGAGGGCCAAAAAGACGAAACAAUAUACAAAUAAAGGAGAAAUGAUGAAUCUGAAGACUGUGUCUUUGAGUCUGCUUCUGCUUUGGAUCACACACUGCAUUCACACUUCUGAUGGAUCUGCCGGUGCAGUGCACAACGAUCUCAAUGAACGAAACUUCAGACUGAGUCUGGACAUCGUCAUGGAUGAAAAAAGCUCAUUACGAGUCAAACCUAAAACUAUUGUUGAUGUUCUUGUGGGAGAAACUACAGAUCUAGAAUGUCCGAGCAAGACUGGCGAAGGAUUGGUGACCUGGUGGCAGACCCCCUUUGGAUCAUUCGGAGGAGGAAAGUUUAGCAAUAACGACCCAGUUGACAUAAAAAAUGGAACGCUGAGGAUCUUGAGGGCCACGUCAAGCCACACUGGGCUCUACCACUGCUACCACGUGGACAGCAGGGGGACAACGGUCAUUCCAUACAGAGUGAACGUAGUGGAAAGAACAAGGCCGAGGAUGACCAGAGAGGCCGAAACGAGCAUGAUGUACGAGUUGGCCCCAGGUGUAGUACCAUCAGUGUUGGUCACCUUCAUGGUUGCGUUUACACUCGGCGCAUUCAGCAGACCCUACGUGAUCAGGUGUCUGCAAAGAACAAGGGCCAGGAUAGUCCAGAAAAGAGAAAGCCAGAACGGUCCAGGUGACAUAGCCUUAUUCACAAUGACCUCCAAUACAACACCCUCACUGUUUGAAGAUUCUGGUGCACCCAAGACUUCUCCACCUGUUAAGUCUCCCAAAAAAUGGUUCUGGUCAAAGAAAAAGGAUGAUAGUGUUCACGUGGAAGAAGCUGAUGAGACUAAAGACGGAACAGAUGGAGCAGAUGGAGCACAAGACAGGCAGGAAGGAGAGGAAACCUGUAUACAACCCAAACGGAGGAGCAGAGUCAUUAAAGUGUACAACUACGAUGAAGAGGGGAAGAGAUACGACCACGUUACAGAGCCGGAGGUGGUGGUGGAGGAGUGCCUGCCCGGGCCCAGACACAGAGUGAUGUCUCUGACCAGGCUCAGUGCCAUUAUGAGCCAGGCUGAAACUCCUGACUUCUCUGCAUCCAGAAAAUCAACAGACAGCAGCUCAGCCGAACCAGAUAAUCCGCCUCAGACCGAGACCUUAACGGAGUAGAGAAAAAUCUAAUUUAUGCAAUUUUUCUCCUGAAUAUAAUUAAUCAACUGAUGUUUGGUGUCUGAAGUUUGAUUCUUUAGUUUUGCACUGGAGCUACGAGGCUAACGUAGCUAACAAGUAAUGGAAGCUUAUGUACACCAAUUAGCAUUGAGCAAAAUCCAUGACUGUAUGGUCACACACUCACUUUAAGACUUGUGGAGGUUUUAAAGGGCCCAUAUCCUACAUUCUUCUUGUAUUUCAUUCUUUUCAUUCAUAAUCAUUCAUGCAGUCAUAAUCCAUUUAUCCAUUAUCAUUAAACAGACUGGUUUUGUUACUGUG